AUGAAACGGCAGGUCUAUGAUGCUGGGAAGAGAAUUUGGACAACAACGGGGAAAGAACAAGAGAGAGCUAAGAAGGAUUUGAUCAACAACCUCAAGAUGUUGGAGAAUGAGCUUGGUGACCAGACUUACUUUGGUAGUGAAACCUUUGGGGUUUCUGGAUGCAUUAUUAAAGCUGAGUGCCCCAAGUUGAUUGCAUGGGCAAAGAGGUGCUUCCAAAGGGAAAGUGUUUCCAAGUCAUUGGCUGAUUUCAAGAGAGUUUAUGACAUUGUUUGUGAUAUACUAAAACAGAGGUAUGGAAUACUAUGGAUGGUGAAGUGGAAGAUUUAA